AUGAAAAAUCCUGUUGAAGAUCACAAUUACCUAGCCGAAGAGCUGGACAUUUUGGCCCUCAGCGAGGCUUGUAAGUGCGCGAAUGAGAUCAUCACACAAGGGAAGGGUACCAGAGCCAUAGGGGAUGGGAGCUGGCCGACUGAGUCAACCUAUCACGAGAACACUGAAAGGGAAGAACUGGAUACCAUACCUGAGGGAAAAUGCAACGACACGAUGGGCACAAGCAAUGAUACCGUCCUUGACGCAGCGUUCCACGUUCGUGGCGUGAACGGACUUCGAGUUGCAGAUAUCAGUGUGAUGCCACUCUUGAAUCAGCACCACAUCCAGAUUCCAGCUUAUACAAUCGGUGAGAAAGGAAUGGAUUUGGUUAACGGAGCUUUCUAA